AUUACAGGGAGCAGCACAUACACUGCGACAACACAACUACAAAAUACCACAGAGAGCAGCACAUACACUGCGACAACACCACUACAAAAUACCACAGAGAGCAGCACAUACACUGCGACAUCACAACUACAAAAUACCACAGGGAACAUCACCGCUACUCUGUCAUCACAACCGCAGUUUACCAAAGAUGUCAUCAUUAUCAAUGUGACAACACCAUCACAUAAUAUAACAGACAGUACAUCAUCGGAGCCAACAACAACCCUAAACAUUACAGCACUGGAUGAGGCUGCAGUGGCUGCAAUCGUGUCCCAGUUGGAGGAGGUUUUGCAAAUGGAGGCUAUUAGUACAGGCCUUGCAAUGGAACUUAUUGGCAGGAUAAGCGCCCUCCUCAGUGCCUCCCCUGAUGUUGUUGCUUCAUUUUCCACAAGACUGAUACGGAGUGUGGACACGAUAGGGCUGAGGUUGAAUUUCACAACUGAAUCAGUAAACAUCACCUCAUCAUCCUUGGCGCUGGCUGUGUCCAAAGUCAACGGCACAGGCUUCGGUGGGGCCGACUUCCGCAUCCGUAACAUUACCAACCUGCAGGUUUCCCUGGAUGAAGGAACCACUGAAGAAAACUUUGCAGCUAUUAAACUUCCAUCUUCAUUACUGAACAACCUGACAUCAGAGGAUCAGGAGAUAGCUUCAAGAGUUCAAUUCACCUUCUAUGAAAGAGCAACACUCUUCCAGGAUCCCAGCAUGGAGAAUACAACUAUCUUGAACAGUUACAUCAUUGGAGCCACCGUUGCAAACCUUAGUAUCGCUAACUUGACGGACCCAGUCCAAAUCUUAUUCAGGAACAUUGAGCCCACUGAGAAUAAUACUCAUGUACAGUGUGUGUUCUGGGACUUCAGUAAAAACAAUGGUAGCGGUGGAUGGAAUUCAGAUGGUUGCACAACAGAAUCGAUUUCUUCCAAUCAGACAAUAUGUGAAUGUAACCAUCUCACACACUUUGGAAUCUUACUGGCCCUUUCCAGAGAUCCUAUCGAUGAAAAGAACAACCAGAUCCUUACUUUCAUUACGUAUAUAGGCUGUGGCCUGUCCUCAAUUCUGCUGGCUGUAACACUGGUGACCUACCUAGCUUUUGACAAACUCCGCAGGGACUAUCCUUCAAAAAUCCUUAUAAAUCUCUGUGCCGCUCUGUUGCUCCUCAACAUGACGUUCCUCAUUGAUACGUGGAUUUCGGUCUACAAUAUAGAUGGUCUAUGUAUUGCAGUGGCUGUACUCCUCCAUUAUUUCCUGCUGGUUUCCUUCACAUGGAUGAGCCUUGAAGCCUUCCACAUGUACCUGGCUCUUGUUAAAGUUUUUAACACGUAUGUGCACAGAUACAUGUUGAAAUUCAGCAUCAUUGGCUGGGGUACUCCCAUUAUAGUGAUUGCCAUCGUCCUCAUCAUUAGCCCAAACAACUAUGGGCUUGGAGAUUAUGACAAGAACACCAACUCCACCUAUGACACAUUCUGUUGGAUCAAAGAUGACACUACGUUCUAUGUUGCUGUAGUCGCUUAUUUCUGUGUCAUGUUCCUCCUGAACGUCAGUAUAUUUAUUGUCGUGAUGAUUCAAUUAUGCCGGAUCAAAAACCAGAAGCAGCAUAAAAAUACAGAGAGGAGCGUGUUACAGGACAUGAAAAGUGUGACGGGCCUCACCUUCCUGCUGGGCAUAACCUGGGGAUUUGCCUUCUUUGCAUGGGAACCAGUUAACAUUACAUUUAUGUAUCUCUUUGCCAUCUUUAAUACGUUGCAAGGAGCUUUUAUCUUCGCUUUUCACUGCCUAUCCAAAGAAAAUGUUCAGAAACAGUGGAGGAGGUAUCUAUGCUGCGGCAAGCUGAGGUUGGCCGAAAAUUCAGAUUGGAGCAGAACGGCAACGAAUAAUACAAAGAAGCUGCAGCCCCUGGUCCAAGCUAUGUCAUUGUCUUCGACGUCGAAUACCUCCUUACAGUCUAACUCCUCCUUAUUUCUAGUUCAAGAGUACGGCAAACAUCUCAAAAUGAAUGGAAAUUUGCUGCUGUGACUGAGAAAAUAUGCCCUUCCCUACUUGCCAAGAAACUUCUAGUCAAAUGUGGAUCUUGAAGUGAGGCAUGGACCACAAAAUAGACCCCACACGAGGCAGCAUUUGAGGAACCAUGAAUGAAUGUGGAAACCAACCAACUUUAUGAGAAGUUCCCAAAAUAAUUUUUUAACAAAGGUUUCAUAGAUGACAUGCCAAUGCAUACCCAACAUAACAGAGAUGACAAACUGGAUCUUCCUGAAUAAACGUUGGAAUGUACAGUGCAAUCUUGAUUCCAGAGAGAAGUUUGAACUAAAGACUUGAUUGCAUUUUGUUGCAUAUCCUUAGAUCUUUAUGGCUAUGAAGGCUUAAUGGCCGGUGUCUGCAAAACUGUUUUAAACAGUGUGACAUUUUUGCAGUUCUUAUUAGCUGUAAUGAGAUUUUAUGCACAUGGCAAACUUUUCUAUGUUAUUUUGUGGAUGUUAAUUUUAAUGAUAAAAGACAAUUAGUUGGUGUUUAUCAUUGUGAGAACCUUGCUGCAAAUCGCCCGUUAUGAAGUCACUAGCUGCUGUUGAGAUUUGACACAAUUGCUGACAAACUGUAGAGUUUUAAAUGUAUAUAUGAAGUUGAUAUUGCAGUACUAGUUUUGUGGUGUGGUUGAAUAUUUAUUUUUUGAUAACUUCAGGUGAUAGUUGAUCAGAGCCAGACUGAUUACACCUGAUAAUAUCAUUUCUUUGCAGUUAUCUGGAGCAGAAUCAGUCAGGAGGCCUCUGUGAGGUCCAUCAGGAUUAUUUUGUAUAAUCGUACCCAUUAAUGAGUUCCUUCAACACAAUCUUAGGCCAGCAAUAGGGAUACAACUAACAAAACCAACCCUGCUGCAUCUUUCCUAAUGUCUUUCACGAGUUUCCAUGUGCUAGAUUAUUUGGAAUGUUUGGGAUUAUUUAUCCUGUCUGCACCAUGUCAAUGUAUGAAUGAAGCAAUGGUAUUGUCACCCAUUCUUAAACUUUCAAUUAAGCAGAUUUAACUUUAAAUUUCCACAUAUUCGUAGUUCAAGAGACCAACAGAUUGGUUCAUAGUUCUGCUCCAUAAAGUAUGCUUUCAAUAACAUUGCACUCUUCCAUCCACUCCUAAUGUUGUGCAUGCCUGGUUGCCCAAAUUAAUUACUGUUUUGAGUCUAUUUAUUCUUCCCUAAGAUUGCAGGGUUCCCUUAGUUAAUUAUCUAUGUGUACAGCAAUAUAUUGAGCAGAUUUAUAAGCGUAGAGGAAACUGAACUAAAUAGAGUGCUGCAUCUCAGGUGGCCAUGUAAAAUUUUCAUCUAGUCGCUUUUGUGAUGUUUAGCAGGAGCAGACACUAGUUCAGUCUCAGCUGCUGUUCUAAAGUCACAAUAUUGCCCAGACUGUGUAUUGAACCGCAAAGAAAUUUCAGAAAUAAAUUACAAUGCAGAGCCGCUAGAUUAUUAUGCAUUCAAAAUAUGCAUUAUGCAAGCAAUCAAAAACAGAUUUCUAACCCAAAGAAUAUCUUAGAUUGAUCCUAACUCUCUUGGACUCCAACUCCUCACCCCCACCCUAUCCCCAUUAAUAAUCAGACAAAAAAAAAAUAGACGUAGCACAACGUUAGGGAUGAAGGUCCCAAAUCCAUUGUCCCAAACCCUCAGGGAUGAAUGAGCAUUAUCCACUAUAACUGAGAGUUUUGUAGUCCUGUGUACAUCCUUGCCUACCAACAUGCUUCACAGCUGCCAGUCAAUUAUGCCAGGAAACCCAACAAGACUGAUCCCCUCUCCCGUACCACAUAGCUGUGUGUUUGUGCCACAGUGCGGUGUCAGAAAACUUGCAGGGAAGACUGGGAGUUAUGGCCACCGACAAACUCAAUGCGAUCUGCCCCACUAUUUUGUUGCCAGCUUGGUUGCAAACACUGCAAACUGCACGACCGAACUACACUACAUUAUAUCAGUUCCACUACUGUACUUGUACCACCUGGGCACCCCUGUUCAGUGGCAAUUGGAAAAUGAGCAAAUACUAAAAGGUACUAAAUACUAAACUAAAAGAUU